UAACUGGGACAACUGAUUCUCCUAUUCGAUGUUCCUGUUAAAUAUCCUCAUUAAUCAACCUUUAUAAAUUGUUGAAAUCAGGAGCCGAUUGUGCCUCAUCCCCACUGGGACACCUGGAAGCUUCCAAUAAAGAGACUCCAGAACUGUGACUUUGGGUGGUCAGUCUCUCUGCUGGCAGCCUCCCAAAGGGCCUUCAGCCACUCUCAGCCCUGGACAGCAGCAGCAUCACCUUGGCAGGGCCCAGCAGGGCUCUCCUGAGCUGCCCUUGCCCAGCUGCACACAGACCCUGCCCCAGCCAGGGCCCUGCACACAGGUGCCCAUGUGCAGCCACAGCCAAUGUCCAACAGCAGCUCCAUCAGCCACUUCCUCCUGCUGGCACUGGCAGAGACGCGGCAGCUGCAGCUCCUGCACUUCUGCCUCUUGCUGGGCAUCUCCCUGGCUGCCCUCCUGGGCAACGGCCUCAUCAUCAGCGCCGGAGCCUGCGGCCACCACCUGCACACGCCCAUGUUCUUCUUCCUGCUCAACCUGGCCCUCAGCCACCUGGGCUCCAUCUGCACCGCUGUCCCCAAAGCCACGCACAAUUCCCUCUGGGACACCAGCACCAUCUCCUACUCAGCAUGUGCUGCUCAGCUCUUUUUCUUUCUGUUCUUCAUGUCUGCAGAGUUUUAUCUCCUGACCAUCAUGUGCUAUGACCGCUACGUGUCCAUCUGCAAACCCCUGCGCUACGGGACCCUCCUGGGCAGCAGAGCUUGUGCCCACAUGGCAGCAGCUGCCUGGGCCAGUGCCUUUCUCUAUUCACUGCUGCACACGGCCAAUACAUUUUCCCUGCCCCUGUGCCAUGGCAAUGCCCUGGGCCAGUUCUUCUGUGAAAUCCCACACAUCCUCAAGCUCUCCUGCUCCAAAUCCCACCUCAGGGAACUUGGGCUCCUUGCUGUUAGUGCCUGUUUGGCAUUUGGUUGUUUUGUGUUCAUUGUUUUCUCCUAUGUGCAGAUCUUCAGGGCUGUGCUGAGGAUCCCCUCUGAGCAAGGACGGCACAAAGCCUUUUCCACCUGCCUCCCUCACCUGGCCGUGGUCUCUCUGUUUGUCAGCACUGUCACAUUUGCUCACCUGACGCCCCCCUCCAUGUCCUCCCCAUCCCUGGAUCUGGCCCUGUCAGUUCUGUACUCGGUGGUGCCUCCAUCCCUGAACCCCCUCAUCUACAGCCUGAGGAACCAGGAGCUCAAGGCUGCAGUGUGGAGACUGAUGACUGGAUGCUUUCAGGAACAUUAAACAGCUGGCCAAUUUCUGCCAAUCACUUUGUAUAAAACUCAUCUUUGAUACUCCUUGUUGGUUUCAUUUUGGAGGUUCUUCUUACUUUGUUUUAGAUUUUUCAGAUUGUACAGAAAGAAGUAUCAUUGUUUGUUCCAUUUCUCAUUUUGUUUCUCUCCACGUUCCCUGUGGCCACAGACUGUGUCAAUGAGGGGCUGCUCUCUCGGUGGCUUUAAAGGAACUCAAGGAUCUCCCAGCACAGUUUUCAGCAGAGCUGCCCUUUUGUUGCCUUCUCUGGAGCUGCAGCAGCAAUGUCUGUGUGCAGAGCUGGGGGCAGAUCAGUGCUGGCACAGCAGCUGUGCCCAGCAGCAGCAGCAGCACUUGGUGUUGCCAGUGCUGCUCCCGUGGCCCUGCCCCGCUGCCCUGGUGGCCCUGGUGUUGCUGCAGGGCCUGAGUGCUCUCGGGGCCGGGCACAGUCCUGGGGGUGGCAGUGCCGGGGCUGCAGCAGGGACAGGCCAUGGGCACUGCUGGGGCAGCGCUGACGCCUCAGG